AUGUCUCACCAGUGGAAACUGCCGGAUAGAGAUCGUCAGAUAAUAGACGCCUUCAAGAAAGCAGGCCCCAGAUCAGCAGCCUCCCGCAACAGCAUUGAGGAUGUCGUAUCUACACUCCCAACAAGCGCCCUUACUUCUGCAGAAGUUGCCAACGCAAUCCUGUUCAUGCUCUUUGCUCAACCCGGCCAGCAUUACAACAUUAACGACUUCGUAGCCGUAACUUCUGCUACAGAACGAGCAAAACAAAUCAACUGGAAUACUGUGAUCAGGACUUUUGAUGUUUCAGACCUACGCCUACAUGUUGAAAGUUUUACGCGUUUGUUCCGUGCUCUCCUGAUCGCUGCUACCGAGCACCAAGACUUCGAUAUACAAAACUUAUGGGCAGGUCAAUGGAAUAACCCGAGGACGCAGUUGUCCUUCUUACGCGCUUUCUUCGAGUUGCAAAAUGUUGCUCCUUCGCAAAUCCCCGGGUUUCAAGCAGCAUUUCAAGUGUCUCAAUUUGAGGCUUCAUCACCACGCGUCCGAGAGAAAGUGAACCUAGAACUGGAGAAGCAUCAGAGCAACUUUUAUGCUCUAAAAGCAGUCUUUGAGGUUGUUCUCUCCGAUGCAAUCGUGGAUGACGAUGAUGCACAGAGUAUACUUCACGAUCUAGCCAGGAACCAUCUCGUCUUGUUUCUGCUGUCCCUUACUCGCAUUACUACUGGAGCAGGGAAUUUCACAGCUUCGCAGGAUGACUUCCUGAUCAACGCGUUCCGAAUGUUCCUCGAGGAUCAGCGCUCAGAUUCGGAUAUUGCUUUGGAAGCCCUAUUUCACCAGGAUCGGCAAAUGGUCUAUCAGCUAUGUAUGAUGAUCUUCCACACUGAUCCGAGGAUGACCGCGGUAAUCACUCGAAAAGCACGCCAAAUGGGAUGGGUCGAUUUUAUGCUCGAGAAUUUCCAAAACCCAAUGACGCUCGAUAUUGCGUGCGUGAUGCAGAAAGAGCAGUCGGACUUUGACAUCGAUCAAUGGCUGUCGCAGGUGGUUGCAACCCUCUCGCGAUCUGAAGCCACAGCAUUCGGUACGACUCUGUGGAAGUUCUUGCGCAUCAAGGCCGACGACGAGUAUCGUACACAAAAAGAAGAAGGACAGUAUCAGUCCAUCUCGCUCAGUCUAUCCGCGGUCUUUGCCCUGCUCUGGAAAGUGCAAGAACUUCUCGAAGAUCGCGAAACGAUCAAGUCAGCGCAAGCUACCUGUCUCACAACUUACCCGCGUCUUAUGAAUUACGGCACUGAAUUUAACGAGGUGCUUGAUCAUGCAUCCGACUCAAAAGGGCACAAGCUUGCACCCGAGACUGAUCUAAGGAUGUCUGACUUGUUCGGACAGAUGUACCGUGCCGAGGUUUCCAUACGCGAUAUGAUCAAUGAGAUGCGAAGAUACAAAACGUCCAAUGAUCCGAACCAGCAAGACUUGUUCUGUUGCAUAGUACACGGGCUAUUUGAUGAAUAUGGUUGUUAUGGCGAGUACCCUGAAGAAGCAUUAGAGAAAACGGCAUUGUUAUUUGGAAGCAUCGUCAAGUUCCGCUUACUCCCACAGAUACCACAAGAAUAUGGUUUGAUCCUCAUUGUGGACGCGGUCAGAGAUCAACUGCCUGACACACCCAUGCACAGAUUCGGCAUUGAGGCAUUGUUACAGCUUGGUGAUCAGCUUGUUGAAUGGCCAGAAAUUUGUGCUAUGCUAUUACAGAUUCCGACACUUCAGCACAGCGAGAUUAUACAAAGGGCUCAGGAAGGUCUGCGAAAUGCACAACUACGCGGCGGUAUGGUAGACCGAGAAGGCCAUACUGAUGGGAUGCUCAAUGGCGCCUCUGAGGAGGCAAGAGUUGAAGCCACUUCGCGCGGUUUUCGCAGCUUGAAAGCUGAAGCCAUACCUCCUCACUCCAAUUUUUCCGAUCCAGAUCAGAAGUCACAAGAGAAGAUCCUAUUCGCUGUCAACAACCUAUCAAAAGAAAACAUGAAAUUCAAACUCGCAGAGAUGCGCGAUGUACUAAAACCAGAGCAUUACCAUUGGUUUGCAUCUUAUCUGGUCGAGCAACGAGCCAGACUGGAGCAAAACAACCAAGACUUGUACAGGACUUUCUUGUCACAUCUUGACGAUUCUGUGCUUUCAGCAGAGGUGCUGCGAGAGACAUACAGCGCGAUCGUGAAGACCAUGAGUGCAAGAUCCACUAUGGAUUCGCAGGUCGAACGAACACACCUGAAAAGUCUAGGUGCUUGGCUAGGUUCGUUGACCCUGGCACAAGACAAGCCCAUCAAACAUCGAAACAUAUACUUUGUCGACCUACUACACGAAGGCUUUGAGACACAUCGUCUGAUUAUAGUGAUUCCAUUCACCUGCAAGGUUCUUGUGCAAGGAAAGGACUCUGUUGUCUUCAAACCACCAAACCCCUGGUUGAUGGAGAUACUCGGUGUCCUUUUAGAACUUUACCAUCAUGCAGACCUCAGGCUGAACUUAAAGUUUGAGAUCGAGGUUCUCUGCAAAGAUUUGAACCUAGACCAUAAGAAGGUCGAGCCAUCAAAUAUGAUAAGAGAGUAUCGCGCGCAGCAGACUAUCGAGGGGAUCACCACAAAUGUUGCAGCUAUAGAAAAUAUCGAAGACUAUGAUCUUACACUACGCGGUGGCCGACUACGCGAAACGUUUACUGUUGCAGAUAUCAUGCAAUCUCUUCCCAGCUUGGACAGUGUGUUGAGGUAUCCUCCUCCUUCAGGUGGGCAACAGGAACAGAAUGCUGUCAAGCAGAUCAUCAACAAAGCGGUACAACGUGCUAUUGAGGAAAUUAUUGCUCCUGUUGUGGAGCGGUCCAUCACCAUAGCAUCGUUAUCGACGUCCCAGCUCGUGUCGAAAGACUACUCAGUUGAACCAAAUCCAGACAGUUUUAGUAAUGCUGCCCGAGAAAUGGUCAAGUCUCUGGCUGGUAGCUUGGCACUGGUCACAUGCAAAGAGCCCCUCCGAAUGAGCAUUCAGAACUAUAUCAGACAGUACCUCGAAGAGAUUGGCGGUGCCUUUAUGGCGGAAGGGCAGAUACUCAUGACUGUCAACGACAAUCUCGAUAUUGCUGCACAGUUGAUAAAAGAGGCGGCAGAACAGCGUGCUGUACCAGAAAUGGACCAAGUCAUCGAGGCUGAUCUCAAUGACAGACAGCGAUUCUUGACCGAGAACAGUGGUGGCGAUUAUUAUGGUCAGACGUUGAAUCGUUGGGCAACCUGGAUUCCUGAGCCGUAUAAGAUGAUUCCUGGUAGCCUGAACGAAGCGCAAAGAGCUGUGUAUGAAGAUUUCGAACGACGAGUACAUGGUAUGAAUGCUGGUCAUCUUCAAAAUGCUUCAGCUGAUUCCACCGCUCGACAAUUGCCCGAUAUAUUGAAUGAGACGCUAGCUAUGCCCAACUUGUCGACUCCAGCGGGACAACCAGUUAUGCCGCAUCAAAGCCCAUUGAUACAACACGAAUCAGGAACGUCUGUGCUGCAACAGCAUCGAGCAAAUGGAAUCGUAGACAACAUGCCUCCACGUGAGCGUGUCGCUCUCCUUGUUGAGGAAGUACAAAAGGCUGCGAGAACUUCUUUGAUUCCACGUGUGCAGGACCUAGAGAAAGACAGCAUAAUAGUACAACAUAUGCGACAAAUAAUUACGCUUCUUGCAACUUCCAGCCACCCGGUCGUUGACCACAUCUCACGACAAUUGGCCGACAAAGUGACUGCUUCUCUUCUACGACAACCCCCACAAAGUAGUCUGGAAGCUGAGUGUCUUAUUGUACUCCUUAGGAAGCUGUGCGAUGUUUCAGAGGCGAUCGUUCGCGAUGUCAUGCGCUGGAUCACAGCUAAUGAGGAGUCCCUCCUGACGAAUUCCUUCGUUGCAGUGGCCUUUGUACGCGCCAGUCUCAUGGAUCUCAGCCGAGUUGACGGUCUGAUUGCCUCAGCUGUACGAGAUCAUAGCGAGAUUGGACUUCGUCUUCUAUCAGAUUUGAUGGACCAGACGUUGUUCAAUGAAGGGCCUAUGGCGCUACGAGCAGAUUUCAUCAACAGCAUUGUUGCGCUCUACGCAUGGCUAAAAGAGCAGCCUGACCACCCGCUUGCAUCGGAAGUUGGUAAUAAGCUGAAGGCGCACGGUGUGCCUGAGUUUGCGGUUGUGGCGCUCAACGACAAGACAAAGGCAAAACAAGACCAGAUGCUGUAUGUUUUCCAAGAGUGGGCGUCGCUGUAUGAUAAUUCAUCGUACAACGAAGCGACCUAUGCAGCCUUCCUGCGUGACCUACAUAGCAGCCAGCUCAUCAGUUCAGCUGAGGACUUGGUAACCUUCUUGAGGCUAACCAUUGAGAGCUCUACCGAGGCCUUCGAGCUUGAAGCUCAGAGUUUCCGUGUCAGUUUUGCGGCAGCUUUCAGCAGAAUCGAUGCCCUCGCGUUGUUCGUUAUCCUUCUUGUCAAGUUUCAGGGCGAGGAGAAUGGAGCAGUGAAGAUCAGCAAGCCCGCCUACCUUGGGUCGAUAUUGUCGCUGAUCGUGUUGAUCGUGAACAACCAUCAAGAAUUCCGUGGUACCAACUUUAAUCAACGAGUCUUCACACGACUGUUCGCCUCGAUACUGUACAGCUUCGCGGAAUUUAGGUUCGACCUCAGUCAGGAAUACGCUGAAUUCAUGCUGGUCUUCGCCAAGACAUUCAAGUCACUCCAACCAAGACUAAUACCGGCGUUUGCUUUUGGUUGGACGAGUCUUAUAUGUCACAGGGUAUUCAUCGAUGGCAUGCUGCGUCACGGAGAUGAGGAGUGUGCCACGCAGUAUCGAGAGCUUGCUGGCUUGAUGCUGCAAUAUUCGGCUGCGGCUGCGGAAAUACCAGCUUUACAACAAGAUGCGGAGGCCCUGAUUCGUGGCGCAUGGAAGAAUUUCUUCCUGAUUCAGAACGACUUCCCUGACUUUGUCUGCGCGAAUCAUGCCUAUUUCUGCUCACGACUCUCACUCAGAGAGCCAACGACACGCAACCUCAUACUAUCAGCCCAUCCACUCGGCUUGGUCGAGCCUAAUCCGCUUACACCUAACCUUAGAGUGGAACGCAUCGAAGAUAUGAAGAAGGCACCUGUCAUUAGUGCCGACGUAUCGCAACCACUUGAGGCUGCCGAUAUCCUUGCAGGGCUGCAAUCAGCUUUCGGCAAGACCGCGGAUCUGGACCAUUUCGUGAAGCAGAUGGUGGAAAUCUUCAAAGAGGAUGUCAAGCAGACACCUUCCUUCGGCGCACCUGCUUUCGAUUGUGAAAUCCUGUGCAGCUUGGUUGUGGUGGUAGCACAAGACGCUCUCCAUAGUGGCACUAAGUUUGAUCCCGAAGGCAACCACGCGCAACUGAUCAGCAAGCUAUUGAACAACUCUCAACCACGCCACAAGUACCUUCUUGUCACUGCUCUUUUCGACCAGCUUCGUUAUCCCAACACCCACACCGAGUAUUUCUGCAAGCAGGUUCUUCACAUCUGGGGUACGACCACCGAGGCGUCCGAGAGCCAUGCAUACAUUCGUGAGAUCAUUAUUCGGGUACUACGCGAACGCAUUGAUGCGCUACGACCAAACCCAUGGGGUGCUUUAGUUGUGUUCAAAGAGUUGAGCGACAAUCCGGCGUAUGGAUUCUGGAGAACUCAACCAUUUAUUAUUGAACCAGAACUUAGACAGAGGCUGGUUAUGGCCGCACGAGGUGGGGGACAUUAG